CUUGUUUGUUCCUGAAACGUAAUUCGUGCUUUAAAUGUAAACAUGCAGAAAUAACAAAACGAUUUUCUUAUCUCGGAUAUUAGGUACAAUCAAAGUGCUAAUAAUUUUUUUAAGACGUUAAAACUUUGUAUAAACAAUUCUGAUAUUUAGACAUCUUCCCAAAAACAAAGCCUUCGUUUUUUGUUGUGAUUCUAAAAGAAAACGCAACCUAAUAUCGUCACCCACAGGAAUUAAUGGAUGUAUUGUUACGAAAGAUAUAUAAGAUGAAACUAAAUACAAAUCACUUCAUAACUCUCCGAUAGUGGCAAAGUGACUUCGUACAGUGUUAAAUAUGAAAAAAAAAAUAAUUGCAAUUUUACUAACUUUUACGUUUAUUAAAUGUACGCAUCCGAUGGAAAUUUGGAAAGACAAAAAUUACAAUUUUUUAGAUUAUGAUAAAGUAGACGACGAUAAGUGUGAUAACGAGAUUUGCCAAAACAACUUCGACGUCUUGAUUAAGAGAAAGGUGAAAGAUAACGAAGACACGGCUUACCAAUCAGUCGUUAUGGGUAAAAAGACAACAAGACUGUCACCUUAUUACCAUUCUUCACGGCCGAUGCCUUGUUCAUGUGGUAUCGAAUUUCGCCUGCUUGAUUUAGGACACCAAUAUUAUCCAAGAUAUUUACACACAGGUGUAUGCAAAUCGGAACUUUGUGGGGGCCCCUACCGCUGCAACGAACGCCACUACAAGGUUCGAGUUUUGAAACAGAAAGACCCUCAAAACCCCGAAGUAAUAAAACCCUCAAUGACCCUUCCAGACACUUUAAAAGGAACUUGGCUCUCCGAAAUAAUUACAGUAACAGUCGCGUGUGAAUGUUCUGUUUAA